AUCACACAACACAACCACUCUGCCAACGGACGCAUCAAUUCCUAGUACCAAUACUCAAGCUCCUUAGUGAAGUAGCGAUAAGAAGAGACCGUUUCCCCACAUUCCUCCUCGGCAUCUUCCAGAGACUAGGCUCACGAGCUCUACGGCGAUUAGCACAUCCCGAUCUGCUAGGACCCGUUCUCCGAAAAAUCCUAGAAUAUUACUAGACGAAGCCCGAACUCGACCUAGUCUUUGACCAAGCUGCUCGUAGCAGUCCGCCCUGCGUGCCAUGGCUUCUCGGAGAUUCCUAGGCCUCGUGCUUCUCGUGCUCGCUACAUCCUGGUUCCUAACAUCUUGUGCUGCGUCGAUCGCGGCCAAGAGCGGCGCUGCUGGCGCUAGUCAGGGUUCCAGUAGCAAGAAUUCUAAAUCUGGAGCAAAGAGUGCGCCUACUGGAUCUACUACUGGUAGUAGUAAAACUCCUCCUGGGACUGGCGCAAAGAUUGCGGGAGGUGGCUCCAAGAAUCCCGGGAAUCCGGGGAAGACGAAUAGCUCCUUGACCGCCUUCUUCAAAGCGGUUGCAGAAGCUCAACGAAACGGGUUACACGCAAUUCGCAUCCCUCGCCAAACUAUAACGGCCAGCUGCAAGAGGUCAGCUCCGUGCUCCAGCAGCCUCUCACGCUGCUCGUACGAGUAACAAGGCGCUCAAUAAGGUGAAACUCACGAGCUACAGCGCGAGCCAGCUCGCGACGAUCGUCGGUUACCAGGCGAUCAAGGGCGUGUACACCUU